GGCGUGCCGGGAAGACGCGGCUGUUGCGGACGCCCCGGGAGCUGGCAUCAUGGUCGUGCUGGGCUUCGCCUCGUUGCUGGGCCACAUACCGGCCACAGCGUGGAGAGCGGCAAGAUCACCCAUUCUGUGUCAUUCUUUGAGGAAAAUAAAUUCUCAAGGAGAAAAAUCUGAACCCAUCAAACAACCCCUUAAGAAGCCAAAGUUACCAGAAGGUCGUUUUGAUGCACCAGAAGAUUCCAAUUUAGAGAAAGAACCACUGACAAAAUUUCCAGAUGAUGUUAAUCCUGUUACCAAAGAAAGAGGUGGACCCAGGGGCCCAGAACCUACCCGAUAUGGAGAUUGGGAACGAAAAGGACGCUGUAUUGAUUUUUAAGCCACAUAUUCGUUAACUUCAGUAUCUUUUUCUGAUUGUGUACAUCUGAAUUAACUUAUUUUUGAUUAUUUUCUUUCUGUAUAUCCUUUAAGUCAUCUAAUUUCUAUAACGUGUUUAAAAAUAUAUAUGAUAGCUUUGGAAGAAAAUAUGCUGCUAUAAAUCAGGAAAGAGGAAAUAUUAGCACAUUAAUUUUAAUUUAAAUGUAUUGGGUAUUUAAGUGAUGAUUAGAGCUGCAAACUUUUAUUUAUCAUGUUUCAGUUUAAGUUAAUCAGUUGCUUAUAAGAUACAAAUGUAAAUAAAACAACUUUUUUUUUUAAUGA